CACUACUUCUUUAACUACUACUACUUCUUCUCCUACUACUACUACUUCUUCUCCUACUUCUUCUUCUACUACUACUACUACUACUUCUCCACCUCCUCCUUCUUCUUCUCCUAUUUCUGUUACUUUCCCCACCCCUGCCAACAGUGGCAGCAGCCUCGAAAAUGCCGCAAAAAUCAUGAAUGAUAUCACUGCCCUGGUGGAAAUGUUGGGGAAUUACACCUCAGCAGAGAUUUCGAGCGGAGAUAUUAAAGGAGUCAUUACGAAACUCGCCGAGAAAGAACAAGGCAGUAUCAGCGUCAGUGUUACAACAAAAAACGAAGUCAAGAUUCUUGACGAAAACUAUGAUUCCGAGACAAAGUACUCUAAGUUGGUGCGCAUCCCCAAAGAGGCCAGCAGGAUGGCAGUAAAGAGGAAUGGCUCAUUUGCUGCAGUCGUGGUUUUUCCAGGAGUGCGUCAGGUUGACUCCGGCCGCACUUUUCUCAACAAUGAGAUGAUUGGAAUUGAAAUGGGGACAGCCAUUUCCAAUCUCUCAAAAACUAUAGACAUUCAAUACAAUGUCACGGACAAGAAUGGAUUAAACGCCACUUGUGUGUCGUGGGAUGGCAAAGGAAAACCAGAAAAAUGGAUCACGGAUGGCUGCGAGACAAAUGAGAAAAAUGGCAGCAUCACAUGCCAGUGCUCUCAUCUGACAUUUUUUGCAAUACUGAUGUCACCCGUGCGUCAGAACAUAAGCGCUUCAGAUUUCAGAGCUCUGACCUACAUCACAUCAGUUGGCUGCGGCAUGUCACUGUUCUUCUUGGCAGUGGCUCUCUUCAUGCAUUGUCUCAUCAGAAAAGGCAAAGCAAGCGAUGCAACUAAGAUCCUGAUCAACCUCUUCGUCGCCAUGUUCACCCUGAACUUGUCCUUCCUGGUCAACGAGAGCGUUGCCAACCUGAGGAUCUUCGGCGCAUGUGUGGCGAUGGCGGCGACUAUGCACUACACCAUGUUGGCCACUUUCACCUGGUUUUUCAUGGAGGCCAUACACUUGUACUUUAAUCUGUGGAAGCUCCCUGCAGAGAUCAAACACUACCUGACCAAGGUUUACGUCGCAGGAUGGGGCACACCGGCUGUGGUGGUGACUGGUCUCCUUGCCUCUCAAAACUAUGGCUACGUGGUCAUUCAAACUGACAAUGGGAGUUCAUCCAAAAUGUGCUGGAUCCCUGAUGCUGCUGUCCACCAGGGGGUGAACAUUGGUUACUAUGCCAUCGUGUUCCUCUUCACCUUUGCAGUUUUCAUCACAACCGUGCGUCAGAUUGUUACCAUAAAACCCAAAGAAGAGAAGGCCCAGAACGUCAGCUCCAUCAAGGCAAACUCUUUAUCCAUCAUAGGCCUGGUCCUCCUGCUCGGCAUCACCUGGGCCUUUGCCUUCUUCAGCUAUGGACCUCUGCUCGUGCCCUCCUACUACAUCUUCACCAUCCUCAACUCCUUUCAAGGUUUCUUCCUCUUCAUCUACUAUUACAAUUCCAGGAAGAGGGCCACAGGGGACAGUAACGCUGCAGGCAGCAGCGGCAGCACGGCUACAUCAAACACAGUGAGGACGUCCCCCUAUCAAUGAAGUGUCCGCACAGUACUGGCCAUUCUUCCAAAAAAAAAAAAAAGUGAUGUGAGAUUAUGUUGACACAAGAGGGCAGCAUUUCAUUUCAUCUGGUCAGGCACAAGCGCCGUCUGACUCACUGAGAAAACUUUGCAGCAAGGGUUGUGAUUCACUCAGAAUAUAUCACAACAGAGCGCCUAAAUGAAAGCUUUAGUCAUACACAGGAAUGCAAAUGUUUAAGAGGAAAAUAUUACCCCCUUUUGUGGCUGAUGUGUUUGUCACGUGGACUGAAGAUGGGGAAAAGAAGAAAAUCCCCUAAAGCUGAAGGGAAGUCUUGUCCCUCACAGGCUUAACGGUGUUGGGGGGCCGAGCUAGCCAGCUAGCGCUUUGCGUGCCUGCAGAUAAUUAGUUUGUGCCUACAGAGAGCAGUAUCCACUGUGCGGGGAGCCUGAACUGGCUAACAAGAAAAAAUGAGCUCAUGGCUACCUAGUGAUGGGAGGCCCGAGGGCACGGCAUGAUGUCGAAACUGUUCUCUGAAAUGUGAUUGUAUUUAAGUAGCAUUUAUAUCAUUUAAUGAGUUUAGUAAGUCUUGGCAAACUGCAAUGGGGAUUUUCUGAUCUUUGUUGUUGCCACCUAUGCAUUUUGUAUAUAUUUUUUUUUCUCUGUGUGUGAUGAUUCACAUCUGAUGUAUUCAACAUUCAAGAGUUCACAACAGUUCCAAUCUUUAACCAUGUUAUACGUUAUAUUUCUGAUUCCAUGUGUAUACUCUCUGCUGUUUUAACUUCAUUUGUUUGUUUGUUUUUUGUUGUUUUUUUAAUGGAAAACCAGUAAUGUUUUAUGAACUCAUUUGUAAUCACAGUGGUUUGUUAAAGGAUAAGUUCACCAAAAUUGAAAAUUCAAUCAUUACGUACACAUGAUGUGAGGAAAUUUCUGGAGAUUCACGGCUAAAAACAUGUCCUUUUUCUUUGUUGGUGUAAUAAAGUUUAUGGGAUCUC